CUUCCUUUUCCUCGUCUAGUCUCCCCAUUCCCCUUUCAACUGCCAUACCUGGCUAGUUGCUGUGGCAGACUGGGUAGGGUGGAACAACCUCUAUUCUCCAGCCUGUUCUUCGGACUAGGCCUCUUUCCCUUCUUCUAGGCUUUUGCGAGGUUGACCCGAGCUUAGAGGUUCGGCUGCCAGAGGUUGCCGGAUCUGGGUCUGCUAGAUCGGCUGAUCUUGGUUUAUCCGUCGCUGUCCGUGCAGCAGAGCCAGCACGACACGACAGGAUAAAGUAGGAUACGAGAACCGCGACGUGAUCGCGGAUCGGAAACCUAACCCUCCUCGCUUAAUUGGGCCUUCUUAAAUCGGCUCGAUCGCAGCGCGUGACCGCUCACGGCGUUACUUCUCCGAGGUCGUCGCCAUGGGAGCUGACCCCAACCCGCGCUACGCCCCCCCGGAUCCGACGCUUCCCGCCCCGUGGCGGGGGCUGGUUGACGGCUCCACGGGCUACCUCUACUACUGGAACCCCGACACCAACCAGACGCAGUAUGAGCGCCCGGGCGGGCCUGCUCCGGCGGGCGUGGGCGGGGGAGGGGCGGCGGUGAACGGAGGGAGCGCGAAGAGCGCGCAACAGAAUGGGGGGCACGCGGCGGCGGGUGGCGAUGGGGGACCGCAGAAGGUGGCAGCAGCAGCGAUUGGUGGUGGUGUCCAGCACGUCAAUGGCGCGGCUGCCUCCUCCGAUGACGUCGCGGCUUACAAGCGAAAGCACGAGAUCACCGUCGUGGGCUCGAGCCUACCGCCGUUCUUGACCUUCGAGUCUGCUAACUUCCCCUCCGACAUCUACCGCGAGCUCAAGGCGGCGGGUUUCCCCACGCCCACGCCCAUCCAAGCGCAGUCGUGGCCCAUCGCGCUCUCAGGCUCGGACGUGGUGGCCGUGGCUAAGACAGGCUCGGGGAAGACGAUCGGGUACCUGCUCCCGGGGUUCGUGCACCUGCAGCAGCGGCGCAACAACAGCCGGCAGGGCCCCACGGUGCUGGUGUUGGCGCCCACGCGCGAGCUCGCCACGCAGAUUCACGCCGAGGCCGUCAAGUUUGGGCGCUCGUCCCGCAUUAGCAGCACGUGUGUGUACGGCGGCGCGCCGAAGAACCCGCAGCUGCGCGAGCUGCAGUACGGCGCGGACAUUGUGAUCGCCACGCCGGGCCGGCUCAACGAUUUCCUCGAGGCCAACCAGAUCAGCCUGCGGCAGGUGUCCUACCUGGUGCUGGACGAGGCGGACCGCAUGCUGGACAUGGGCUUUGAGCCGCAGAUCCGCAAGAUCGUGGCGCGCGUGCCGGGGCGGCACCAGACGCUCAUGUACACGGCCACGUGGCCGCGCGAAGUGCGGCGCAUCGCCGAGGACCUGCUCACGUCGCCCGUGCACGUCACGAUCGGUAGCACCGACCAGCUCGUUGCCAACAAGUCCAUCACGCAGAUCAUCGAGCUGCCAGCGCCGUACGAGAAGCAGCGCCGGCUGGAGCAGAUCCUGCGCUCCCUCCCCCGGGGCUCCAAGGUGAUUGUCUUCUGCUCCACCAAGCGCAUGUGCGACCAGCUCGCGCGCUCCCUGGACCGCGGCUUCGGCGCCGCUGCCAUCCACGGGGACAAGUCCCAGCCCGAGCGCGACCACACCCUCGCCCAGUUCCGCUCCGGAGCCAUGCCGACCCUGGUUGCGACCGAUGUUGCUGCUAGAGGGCUCGACGUGAAGGAUAUUCGGUGCGUGAUCAACUAUGAUUUCCCGACUGGGGUGGAGGAUUACGUGCACAGGAUUGGGAGGACGGGGCGGGCGGGGGCGACUGGGACUGCGUACACGUUCUUUGGGCCGCAGGAUGGGAAGUAUGCCAAGGAGCUGAUUAAGGUGCUGGAGGGAGCAGGGCAGGUGGUGCCCCCUGAGUUGCACCAGAUGGCUGCUAGUGCUGGGCCGGGCCGUGGGAUGUCCAGGUGGGGGGGAGGAGGAGGAGGGAGGUCUGGUGGUGGUGGCUAUGGCGGCGGUGGUGGGUAUGGUGGUGGCGGGGGGGGUUACGGAGGAGGAGGGGGCUAUGGUGGUGGUGGCGGUGGUGUUGGUGGUGGUGGUUUGUCUGACGCGGCCGCGUCUGCUGCGAUCGCGUCUGCUGCUGCUGCUGCUGCCACCAUAGCUGCUAGUGCCGGUCGCGGCGACGCUGGCAGGUGGGGAGGCGUAGGUGGAGGAGGAGGAGGGAGGGGAGGAAGCGACGACUAUGGCCGAGGAGGGGGGAGGUCCGUGGGAGGGUAUGGCAGCAGCAGGGAUCAGGACAGGGACGGUUACAGGGGCCGAUCGCCGCCGGGCAGGGACCGUGGGGGGGGCAGCAAGUAUGAUGAUAAGGAGAGGGACCGGGAUCGCGAUACGGAUCGCUACCCCAGCAGGAGAACCCGCAGCCGCAGCAGGAGCAGGAGCCGCGGGCGCAGCCGGAGCAGGAGCCGCAGCAGGAGCCCCCGGAGAAAAAGCAGAGAGACGCGCAGAGUUACCCGCAGCCGCAGCCGUUCCCGCUCUCGCUCACCCCCCCGCCGCCGCACCAAGAGCAGGUCCCGCACACCCCCCAGCAGAAGCCGCCGCAGCAGCCGCAGCCCGCCACCCGCCCGCAAGCGCCACAGCCGCAGCCGCAGCAAGAGCAGGAGUCCGGAGGCUCGGCGACGCCGAAGCUACAGCCGCAGCAAGUCCCCAGUUGGGAAGAGGGCGUCUUCCCGCAGCCCUGUGCGCAGCCCUGUGCGCAGCCCUGAGGGGAAGAAAGAGCAGCCUGGCAGCGCGGAGAAGUGAGGGAGAGGAGGAAGGAGGAUGCCAGGAUUGGGUGAGAAUCCCGUGGAAGGAGACAGUUGGAUGGAUGGAUAAUGGUGGUGCGUGGAUGUGGAUAACACUGGGGAGGGAUGAAGGAUGGUAUGGAUGCUAUUCGGAGGGAUGGAUGGUCUUUGGAAUGUGCGAAGGAAAGUUUCGCCUAAGAAGCCAUCAACAAAAAAAAGUAGAACAAUUUUCCUAGGGAACCUUCUCUGGAUUUUUGGGUUUACAUUGGCUGCAAACUAAUAUUUUGAACCGGAUAUGCAUGUACUGUGAGGUGGGUUCGGUGAUUUGUAAGGGAGAUUGGGUUCUGAAA